CUAUUAUUAUUAUUAUUUUCUUAAAUAAUCAGAACUUUAUUUGAACACCGUUACCUAAUGGAUUCUAGUAAAACAACAUUUUAAUACAUCUUUUCCGGAUCCCCUUAAGUCUAGUAUUGUGAAUAUGUUGGUCAGGUGCCGGUAUAAUGUUUCUCAUUCUUCUAAACAGAUUCUCAGUUAGUAUCAUUUGUGAGUUUUUCUGACCUCAGAGAAGAAUAAUAUCUCCCAUGUUUCAAUUUCUUUUGAUUGUUUGUAGAUGCUGGACUUUAAAACAUAGUAUUUUCUACGUUGUCUGUGCAUAUUGGGCUUAAAAUGUAUCAAAUGUGAAAUGUCUUGGUGCUCAACCAAUUUUAAUAGAUUAGUUUUUUUCUGUUGAAAGACUGGGAAAAAGGAAACAUGAAAUCAAAUAGGAUAGAAGUACAAGAAAGUAGUUUUUUGUAAGUAAUGUAAGAGAACAAAAUGAGCUUUUCAUAUGUUUGAAAUCUGUGACAAUAAAUCUGAUGAAGGCCUGAUUUGGUCAGGGUAAGUUGCCUACUAAUUAUGCCUACCACCAUUAGAAUUCUUUCCUAAUGGUCCUCAUAGCAUGUUAUAUUUAGCUAAAUUGAAGUGGCAUUUAGCUUUUAGGAAGAAGCAAGCAGUGGUAUUUGGUGGUUAUUGUUUUCUCAGGAAGACAGAAACUAGAGCCACAAACUUGAUCGGUAUGAUGACAGGAGAUCGAAAGAAAGAAGCAGAGAUCAUGAGGGAGAAUCAAGUCGGGACCAAGACCGAGGGAAUGGUCGUGACUGAGGGAGGGAUUAUGAUCGUAGGAGCAGAGAUUGUGAUAGGUAUAGUGAUUGAGAUCGUGAUAGGGAGUAUGAGCGCUCUUGGACUUAUGAUUCUACAAGUCACCACAGGUCCCAUUCAAGGUCUAGGAAAUGCUUUAGGGAUCAUGAUCGCCACAGGUGCUUGUUUAACAAUAUCCCAUGCUUGUUUAAUAAUAUAUUAUUAGUUUUGUUUUGUGAUCAUUUUUUAACUUGUUAAAUGAAUAACAUAAUCUAAUAUUUGUAUUCUAUUAUUGUAAAAUGUGCCAACCUGAGUCUUUUACCAUUCUUUUCAAAUUUAAUGAUGAACUCUAGCUAGUUUUUUAGUCCAGGAAGCUAAAUAUAAGAUAAAAACCAAGGACAGUUGCAUCAAAUAUAUUUGAGGAUGUGAGCUACAAUCCUCUAUGAUUCUUGCAACAAAGAAACUCUUAUCACCUGAAGCUACAUCCUUCUUUUCUUUCGUUCUUUCUUUUUUCUUUUCUCUUAUCCUCAUGAGGAUAAGAAUCUUGCUCAGCAUUUUUGAGUGCCAUCAUCUGUUUCUAGUAUAUUUCCCUUGAUUUUAAUGCUGUUUUUCUUCACAUAAAAAACCCUGUUUUUUUUUUUUUUAAUCUCAUCUAAAUUCUAAAAUAUCUUGACUACUUUUUGAUUAUGGUGAGCUGAUGAAGGGAUGGCAUUCCUUUAGUACCUCAUUAUAUUGUGACUUGUUAGUUGUUGCUUGGAUUUGAAUCUUGAUCUUAACCUCAAAACCAAGUGAUAGACAUUUGCCUUCUUAUUUUUCUUACUUUUUGUUUUUUGCGUGAAGCUUUUAAUGUUUUCUGUGCUGAUAAGGAUUAUUCUGGAACUUAUUGUUUUUAAUCAGGCAUGACCGAUACUAGAUGUAUGAAUGCUGCCAAGAAGAAAAUGAAUACGAAACUGUUCUUGCUUAGUUAAGCCGACUUAUAUAGGGAGUAGCAUUCCUCAGUAAAGCUAUUUGAUAGUUUGUCAUGUGGUUGUAUCAACAUGUUUAAGAGGGUAUUUGUUGUUUUUUGGUACCUGGAGACUAGGGAUUGAACCUUAAAUAUGUGGUUAAGAGCACAAUUCUAUCACUAGACCAUAUGGCUGAUGGUUAAUAAGCUUGAUAUUAAGUUGGCGAGAAAAGUGAGGAUGCUGGAAACAUGAUUCACACAAUUAUAUCUAGAUUCAGUCUCAUCUAAUGGGAGUGGAAGCUCAUCCAUUGAUACCAAAUAUCACUUCAAGAAUCAUCUCUAAGGAAAGGAGUGUGCUUUAAGUAUGCAAAUGCAAAUCUCCAAUAAGCAAGGUGGCUCAAUCUGUCUCAUCUUGUGUCUCCUAUUAUCUCACACAAAGUAAAAAAAAUGUGAACCUCCCAAUGAUUUAUGUAUCACAAGAGAAAAAGGAAAUACCUGAGUCACCAAGAUCU